AUGCGGAAAAGAAAGACAAGUCAUCAACCAAAUUUCAAAGCUACAAGGGCUGUGGUAUUAGGCAAAGAUGGCGUUGGAAAAUCAGGUAUUUACUGGUUAGUUAGUAGUUAAGUUAGUUAUCUGCCGAUGUUUCGUGAACUGGCCUUUUCACACUAUCGGGUAUGAGCGGCAGAUCAUUUAUUAUCUAAUCAGCACCAAGUACAAUUUUCCCCUCUCCGUGUCCAUGAAUUGCUAUAAAAAGAAAUAUCCACUUGAAAGUCAAGUGUUUUAAGUCUUUUAUUACUCACUAAGAAUAAGAGAGUUCCGGCAUGCAAACAACAACUUAAAAAUAAUUAUACUUUUCCCAUUUUAGGAUGCAUAUAACUUAACUUCACUAAACAAUUAGAUAAAUCACAUACUAAUUGAGGCAACAACUGGAGUUGUUUAUUUAGUUCAUUAGGUAUCAUUAUAAGACACAAAACCGAGGGAUUUAGAUUUGCUUAUGCGCAAUACUCACUUCACUGAAAGAUUAAUCGUUUUAUACACGCGCGAGUGAACAACUCGAAGCGUGUUCACAGCACACUUCCACAGUUUGGAUUUAUCGGAUACAGUAGUGUAACUUAGAAGAUAAACAAACGUCCGAGGUCUAGAAAAUCUGAAAUUUGAAAUAAUUUAAAAUGCAUCACUGCACCGGUGAAAGGAACUGGUAAUAAAUUAAAAACACCUGAGUAUAAGUGGGUUUUUACUAAGCUCCACACUUGAACAAACUAAGUUUGUAUACUGAACAACCGCGCGGUCAUUUCAACAGCAACAGAGCAAAUUACCUUUAAAAAUAGAAAGAAUGUGUUAUCCUACUGUUAACUGUCCAUUGUGGUUUUUUUUUGUGUAUAUGGGCAACCAAAGCAGCGCAAAUAUGCGUACCUUUUAAAACAAAAGGAUUAAUGGAAGUAAAUAAAGAAUAGAAACAGUUUUUAAAAUUCUUUAUUUGUUCAAUGAACAAAGUUUGUCUAAAAGCACCUCUUCAAAAUUCUGCGAGAACAACCGUUGUAAAAUAGCAAUGGCAAAGUCUUUUACAUGUUCAGAAACCGGUUUUUAACCCUUACUAGCAAAGUUUAAGGUCUCUACUAACAGAAGAUGUCUUCACCCGUAUUUAUUUAUUUGACAACUUUUAGGUUCGAGUAAAGUUUGCUUUCUAACCUAUCACCUACGGUUGAAUUUAAUAAAAAAAGGAAGCUACGUAGGCCUGUCACGGGUUUUCUGCAAGUAGCUAGCUCGAUUCUUUAUUUCUAAUAAUAGAAAACCAACUAAACUUGCACUAUCCAAUGUAUUUUAAUUAUUUCAUAUUUACAUAGAUGGCAAAGAUAAUUUGGUAUAAGUUAUUUUCGUGUUUCUAAUUGUUAAAGUAAAAACAUUUGAAUUUGAUUUGACGAACGCUUCUCUGAACACCGAUCUUCUCGAGACUUUGAGCUUCAGAAGCUAAAAUUGCGCUAUUUCUUGAUGAGGCACACUUGAUCACGUGCUUCUAUAAACUCAAAAUAUUUUUGAAAGUUCAACUGACUGUUAUGUAACCAGUGUUUCCUGUUUUCAAGUAUGUGGGCAGCCAGAUGGACCUGAAUGUUCAGCACAACUUGCUAUCGAUCUUUCAACAAACAGUUUAAUUAUAGGUCUUUCCUGUAAAAUCCAUACCAACUUGAUUUAAUUUUAAAGCGAAGGAAUGUGUUCAGUAUGUAGCUCUUUUGCGCCAGUAGUUUACACAUUGGGAUUUUAGUUUGAGUAGCAAAAAACGACCGUAUAAAAAUAAGUCCAAUUUUUACGGCACCCUACGGCGUGUUAAUACAAAGAUCCUAUCUAACCUAUUAUGAGACCUAAGCUAUUAUAUCGGACCGAGAGAAAAAAUAAAACCUAUUACGUUUUUGGAAUAUUUCAAUCUUUUUGCGUUUAAUUUGCAGCUCUCAUAGUCCGUUUCCUUACCCGAAGAUUUAUCACGGAAUACGACCAGACUCUAGGUAGGUAUGUCGUUUUUCUCAGGCUGCAUUCGCUUUCGCCAAAACAGGUUAUAGUCUAAUCGAAGGGGAAAAGGCGUCUUUAACUUGCUAAAGUUGCCGCCAAUUGGUGCGAGCCAUGAUCGCAAGGGUUCUUCUGUAAUUGCCACGCCUAAAAAUUUGAUCAUCACCGCAUGCAUGGCUACUUCGAGUGAACAGCACUAUCAAGCGUGCACUUGCGCAGGUAUUCAGUUGACAGUUUUGGCAGACUUGGUAUUGUGGUACUUGCGCAGUAGCCACCAAUACAUCCCGCUGAUAACAUAUGAAAUAAUUAUUGAUUAUGAUUUAUACUACAGGCAGCAGUUCUAAGAUAAUCAUUUAGUCAGCAAUAAGAGUAAUUAAAUAACGAAUUCGUUUUUCUCUUAUCUUUCAAUCAGAGUCCACUUGGCGGCAUCAUAUGGAGUUGGAUAAUGAAUACAUCUACGUUGACUUAAUGGAUACAGCAGGAGAGGUGUGUUAACCCGUUCCCCAGCAUAACAACUUCAGUUUUUGCUCAUUUCACUGACUGACUUUCGGAGAGGUUUGAACUACAUCUUUACAAAGGCUACCGCCCAUAAACAAGGACUAAAAGGUCUAAAAAGUGCUGAACUUUUUUAGAACUGAUGUCAAGUCUAACUUUGUCACUGACCUUGUAUAGUGCAACAGUAACGAUCUGUCAGAAAUGCCGCGGUUGUUUCUCAUUCUUAAAGUAUUCCAACAACUAAAAUAUAUUCAGUUUUCAUAAACUGCCAGACUUUUCAUUUGUCAGAAUAAUCUCCUCUGUGAGAAGAGCGGUUAUCAAGGAAAAGAAACCAAGAAACCUAAUUCAUACACCCAGCUUGCCCGUAGAUUAGCGUCCGCCUUGUAAACCGGAUCAAAGGAAAACAACUGAUUACGACAAUGGACCAACUCUAAAGGAGAUGUACACGGGACGAUUUGCAACGACGAUUUUUAGCGCAACACAGCGUUACAAUGAUGGAACAAUGCUGGAGCAAUUCGAAACAACAUCGUAACAAUGUUGCAACGCUGUGUCGCGCUAAAAAUCGUCUAUGAGAAUCGUCUCGUGUAACAUCACCUUAAGUCACAGAAACAGUGGACUACCGAUCGGACAAUCGAACCACGCCUUUUUUUCAUCCUGGGGUUUAAUUCCUUUUGGAGGAAAAAGGGAAGAACUGAGUGUGUGUUUUGAUCUUUCCACUUAAUGGCUGAUAAAACAAAUAACAAACACUUAGAGAAAUAAUUUAUCAAGGUAAAAAAAACUGACUUACUUUAAGGUGAUGUUACACGAGACGAUCCGCAACGACGAUUUUUAGCGCAACACAGCGUUGCAUCAUUGUUGCGACAUUGUUUUGAAUAGUUACAACACUGUUCCAACAUUGCAACGCCGUGUUGCGCUAAAAUCGUCGUUUCGAAUCGUCCCGUGUAACAUCACCAUCAUACCUUUUUAUUCUCUUAUAAUUAUUGUUACAGAACUCAGAAACGAAGUUAAACUGCUGUUUAGCCCGUGGUGAUAUAUUUCUUGUCCUCUACUCCAUCACUGACCGUGCAAGUUUUGAAGAAGCCACACGGAUAGGAAGACAUAUCAGAGUACGCAAAACAAAUGGCAACUCAGUCAUGCUGAUACUCAUUGCAACAAAAAGAGACUUGGAACAUUUUCGAGAGAUCGAUGAAACAGAGGGAAGUGACUUAUCACAAGAACUAGAAUGUCCAUUUUACGAGAUUUCUGUUUCUUCGUGCGAUGGAUACAAAGAGGUGGCAGACAUACUGCAAACUUCGGUCAGACAGUUUCUACGAAAUGAAAAGAACUGCAUAACGGACAAAAGACACCCACCUUCUUCUUUGUCAAAAAUGAAGGAGGGGCUAAUCAAACGGACUGGUUCGUUUCGGAGGAAAUCAGUUACCUUCUGA